GCAGUGGUACGUCUUCUUUUCUGCUUCUAGACCGGAGCUAGUAGACCGUCUCCCAUCCUCCUCCUUCUCACCACCAUGCCAGGCGCUUAUCUAUGUACACUAGAUUCACCGCUGCAGGACGUCACAUGCCCUACGGGAGGGGGAAGCAGACGUUAAAAAUAACAACAACAACAACGAUGACGACGACGACGACGACAACAACCACUACCGCUCCAGCCUUCUACUCGAGGGUGAGGGUGGAAGAGCCCUGGCGACCAGAGCCGGAAGGCACGCACCACCCUCGAGAUCGAAAACAGCCAUCGAGGCGACCAUCCGGAUUACAGGUUGCUGUUACACUGCCGCGAGCUGACACAUAUCGCAGGCCUAACCCCUCAGAAACCUUCCGGGACUUCUCCGAGAUGGUGUCUGCGGGUGUACAGACGAAGCGUACAUUGACAUCAGGAUACACUGUAGAGUCAAUGACGCUGAGUGAUGCUGCGAUGUGUAAGCGAACCAGGAUCAUGCUGACCAUGAGCAGACUGAACGCCAGCUCGAGGAUAAAAGGCGUCGAUGGCCAGCGUGUCUGGUCCCAGAUUCAUCAGUAG